AUGGCUGUCGCCGGUGUCAUGCAGAGUCUCCCGUCUGGCUUCCUCGGGCGCCUGGGGAUCCUGACAAUCCUGGUGGUCAUCUAUAUGGCAUACAAACACGCAUCACGGGACAAACGGCGCGACAGUAUGCCACCCGGGCCCAAGGGAUACCCUAUCGUCGGAAAUUUGCUUGCCUUGACAGACGCCGACAAAAUUCCUGACCUCACGAGGCAAUGGGCGAAGCAAUACGGACCAGUCGUAUACACAAAGAUGGGUGCCCAGGACUGGGUCUGGCUGAACUCACCCAAAGCCAUCAAGGAUCUGAUCGACAAGCGAAGCGGGAAGUACUCAUCUCGCCCGAGGCUCCCCAUGAUGUUUGAGGCCACGUCAAACGAGAACCGCAUCAUCUUCAUGCCUUAUGGCGAGCGAUGGAGAAACCUUAGAAAGAUUGCACACGCGGGGCUAAACGCCAACAUCAGUGCAACAUACAAGCCUGUCCAGGAAUUUGAAUCGAAGCAGCUGAUAUACGAGCUUUGCCACGCAAAGGACGACAAGGCGUUCUAUGACAUCAACCGCCGUUACUCGGCCAGUGUCAUCAUGACUGUCACCUACGGCCAUCGCGUAUCGAGCUGGGAUGAUCCUUGGAUUAAGGACAUCUACUCGGUGCUUACGCGCUUCACGCUGGCGUCGGAGCCUGGCCGAUGGCUUGUUGACGCUUUCCCGUCUCUCGCGUCUCUCCCUUCAUGGAUGGUGCAGGGAUGGUGGGACACAGGCCGUGCUUGGCACCAAUUGGACCGCGAAAUCUAUCUGAACUACUACCGAACGCUCGUCAAGCAGAUCCAAGAGGGAACCGCUCCAGACUGUUUCAUUCGAGACUUCUACGAAAGCGGGCCUGAGAAGUUCGGCAUCGACGAGGAAGCGGCUGCCUACGCGGCCGGCUCCCUAGUCGAAGCUGGCAGCGAAUCGACUUCUACAGUGCUUAAUGCCUGGACUCUUGCAUGCCAACUGUAUCCGCGAGUUCUCAAAGAAGCCCAGGAGGAGAUCGACCGUGUGGUCGGACAAGAUAGAAUGCCUACAUUUGAGGACGAGCAUGACCUACCCUACAUCCGAGCCAUGGUCAAGGAGACUCUUCGCUGGUGGCCGAUCACCAAGACCGGCAUGAACCAUGCCACGACUGAGGACGAUUGGUAUGAAGGGCAUUUCAUUCCCAAAGGUAGCGUCGUCAUGUUGAACUGGUGGGCUGCCCACAAUUCACGCUGGAAGGAUGGUCAGGAGUAUGACCCGAAGAGAUUCUUGGAUGACCCUCAUUCCACCGCUGAGUGCAUUAAUAUUGCCGACGCGAACCUGAGAGAUCACUUUGCAUAUGGCUCCGGUCGACGAAUCUGCCAGGGCCUCCACGUAGCGCAAAACUCGCUAUUCAUCACUAUGGCGAAAAUUGUUUGGGCGUUCAACAUCGAACGGGCCAUUGACGACAAUGGCACUGAAGUUGAGCCCAAACUGGCCGUAUUGCCAGGUUUCCUGAUGAUUCCGGCUCCAUUCCGUGCUAGAUUCGUGCCCAGAAGCAAGAAACACGCCGCCAUUCUGGACGCGGAGUGGACGAAGGCCAAGAAGGAGGGCUUAGAUUGGUCACGCACGAAGACAAUGCGCGCCAAGGCGUGA